GCAAAUAACACAUCGGCGGAACACAUCUUUUGGUAUCCACGCAGUAGUGAACUGUCAUGAACAAAAAGGCAUCUGGAUUCAAUCGAUUUGACCAAUAUAUCAUGAACGACAUCCCAAUCCGACUCAUACGCCUAUCAGACAUGAAGUUGGUCGGGCGGAAUGAUGUGAGAGAGCACAUCCGGAGUUCUGUCCCUCAAGAUAAAUGGUUCUAUCACCCAUCCUAUAUCGUGAAGCAGACACCGCAGAAGGUCCAGGAUACGAGAAGCUGAAGAACUUCUGCGCAAAAGCCAGGGAGUACAACGUGGAAUUUGCAUGGUCAGAUACCUGCUGCAUUGACAAGAGCAGCAGUACCGAGCUUGACGAGUCGAUUCGUUCCAUGUUUCGGUGGUACAAGAACUCCGCGAUUUGCAUCAUCCAUCUGGCACAAAGCAAGACUAUCAAGGAUAUGGAGUGGGACGAAUGGAUGGAGAGGGGUUGGACGUUGCAAGAACUCCUUGCGCCCGGUGUGAUCAAAUUCUUUAACAAGGAUUGGAUGCCCAUGACAGGUGAUGAAGAUGACAAGAGUGGUGAAGAGACCGAAGUAAUGGAGACUCUGCACAGAGCCACUGGCAUUCCUCAUGAUGACCUACGCACAUUUCAACCAGGUCCGGUCAGGGUAGAUGAGCGAAUGGCUUGGGCAGCCAUGCGCCAGACAACAAGGGUCGAAGAUGUGGCCUAUUCUCUGAUGGGAAUCUUUGAUGUUAGCUUGCAGAUUGCAUAUGGAGAAGGAGGAGACCGCGCAUUCUACAGGCUCAUCGAGGCACUCAUGCAUGCUGGUAGCCCUUCUGUUCUCAACUGGGCGGGCGAAGCUGCGAAACAUCACUCUUCGGCAUGUGCUAUUCCUCGAUCGCCGCGGAGCUUCAUGGGCAGCAAAGGUUCGUGGUUCUGUGAUGGGCGACUAGAGAUGACUAUGACCAGCCUUGGCUUGCGAGUGCCUCUAGUGAUUCUCCCUCUCAACUUUCAUUCGGAAGAGUUUGUGGAGAUUUCGGAUGUUCAAAUUACACUUGACUGCCCGCGAUACCCAACGAUCGUUCCACGGCUCUAUAAUCGUUCGCAGUUACGGUGUGAAACUGUCACCAACGAAUUCGCACUCGGGAUUGUCAACUAUUCGCUGAUCAGUGGUGGAUCACAAGCGGUCUUAGGGGUCCGGGGAAAGUCAGUCGGCGUUAUCCUAACGAGAUAUCCCGUCUCCCGCCAGCCAGCCUGGGCACGUAAACCUAGACGCGAUGACCUUGCAGGGCUUAAAUGCAUCCCUGGUCCCGAAGAGCAAUUCAGUGAAUGGAAGUUAAUAUCGUGGAUAGGCUCAACUCUGGUCCAGGCUUGCUUUCCAAACACGCAGAGUGAAUCACUUAUUUACAUUGAUCACGAAUACCUACAAAUUAUUUACAUAUAGCAUUAGGCCUACAAUAUUGAAAUUAAACGGUAUUGUGGUAUACUUGCUGAUUUUCCGUGCUCGAUCCUUUCU